AUGGCGGACGCAGCAGCCGCAGGAGCACCGCCCCCGGACGCGUACUUUCGCAGCUUGCUUGUCGCGAGUCUCAUCGACCGCGCGCUUGCGGAAGUGCGGUAUCAGAAACCACGCGCCCCUAUGAAGGUGAUGGCUGUGCUUCAACAAAGCCUUACAAGCCACGCAGAGGACUACUACGUCGAGGUGGUUAACAAUUUCGAAAAUUACGUGUCGUGUCUAAGUGAACACGGUUUCCAAGCAGCAGGUAAGCAGACUGUUUAUUUUGCCUGUCCACAGCGCGACGGUCUGGUGCUAGAACUAUUCCCUAACGGUGCAUCUGUAGAGAUCACUGAGGAGAGUUGCACUUGCUUUUUAAAGCUUCUUUCAAAUCUACGCCGGAAUGUACCUACACAGCUGCGUGAAUUGCCCGUCAGACCCACACUGCAUAUCAAUGGGAAUUACUACCCACUCACAUGCCUAAUUAUUGAUUACCUGACCAACGAAGACUCGGAUUGGUGUAUAGAUAAUGAAGAGGACUGGGAUGCCCUUCAGGUGACGUACUGUGUGCCAUUCAAUGGUCAGCUGCACGAUGUGUGUCCUGGAACGCGCAAUGUCCCGGUUCCCUUCUCUAAUGCCAGACGGUUUGGAAUAGAUGCGAAGCGGUUACUGCUGCAACUCAUGGAAGCCAGUAGCAACACCGCUCCGUUGGACCCUUCGUCACUAGUGGAGCGUCAGCAACGGAUGUCAUUGAUGUCACGUGGUUACAUGGACUUCCUGCGUGUUCUAGAGAAAGCAAACACACCGUUUGGAAAUCCAAUGAGUAAGGAGGAGUUUGACAGUCUUGGUAUCACAUAUAGUGUACCGUUCGGCAAUACGAUUCUCCCGCUCAUACCAGGCAAGGAAAAUGAACGCGUGGAGUAUAAAGACAAGAAUCGUUUUGUGACUUUGGCGAGAGCCAAAUUGCUGGAGUGUAUGGCACUGAAGAAACCCCCUUGUGGUGAAUCUCCAGGGCUGCAAAGCCUCGCGAGGGGGAUGAACCCCAUGGAGCGGGGGUUCUGGAGCACGAUUGAAGAGAUUAGAAUGGAUCCGACCAAAUGGUCAGGUAUCUCAUUUACCAUAAGGGUAAUGAAUCGCGAUAUUUUGCUGAAAGAGAACGGAGCCAACAUCACUGUCACCAAGGAUAAUGUGGAGGAAUACGUCAGCCUCAUGUACGGGAAAAAGGAUGUCAUUCACGCCGCCUUCGUUGAAAGUGAACUCCAAAACACCGAACGUGUUGUGGCGCCACCGCAAGCACCAGCACACUCCGCUGUACGGAAAUCAGUAACGCUUGAAAUGUACCCGCCGCAGAACGCUCCACAGUGGAACACAUUUGCAUUAGAGGCGUGUGAUGUGGACAGCGGGGUUUUCCGCAUUCUGCAAGAUAUUGGGCGCAAGGAGAGAAUGGCGCCAAAGGACUACGGUGUGCCGUUCUUCUCCUUCGCCAUCCCUAUUCACGGUAAAGGACUCUACAAGCUGAUUCCCCACGGUGAUACCAUUCCUGUCACGAUGUCAAACAGCGAGGAGUUCUUGGAGCGCCUGGAAUAUGAGAGAAAGCGGCUGAAGGCCAUGGAUACCUCUGCGCGGCAGUACGUUACACGCGCGAUGUCGCCAAGCAUGGCUGUGACGCUGAUGGCGAGCGCUCUACCUGGUGAUUGGGUCCCGCAACGCUACUCCUCCCCGCCAAUAGUGGAGGAAUCUGAAGGGUCUCAGCAGAGGCAGCGUGGCGCGCGGCAUCGGGCUUCACAGGAAACCAUGAACGCAGCGGCGAAGUCUACACUCGAUGAAAUUGAUAUGUACGAAAAGAAUCUUAUGGCAUUAAAAAGGGAUAAGAACCGAAUUUCUUUGGAAGCCUUCGAGGCUUUUGCACUUAGGUAUGCGUUGACAAUUGGUGGGGAGGAAGUUGAACUGCUGGAUGGGGGUCGACACCGCUUGGUGGCAGUGCAAGAAAUAGAUUACUACGUGAAUAUGGCUCUGGCAAAACUUUAUGAGGUACGGCGUUGCAUCCUGACACAGAAUCUGGGGGAUGGUCUUAGCAACAACUUAAAAGAACAGAAGCACCAGCAACAGGGAAGGGGCAUCCCAAAGGUCACAGCAGAUCCGAUGGCGUUGUUCUCGUCACAGCAUUUUGAGCCGGAAUUAUUCGCUCCCGCGCAAGAUAUGACCGUUUUUCGCCCGUGA